AUGAUGCCCAGGAUCAAGCUCUGCCUGGAUGUGUUGGAAUGGGUCAACCCACUAAUCGGCAGUAACAGCGGAGGUAAUGUUUUCGCCGGAGCAACGCUUCCCUACGGCAUGGCAAAGGCCGUAGCGGACGUAGACGGAGAAAACACAGGAGGCUUUUCCACGGAUGGCAGCAACAUCACGGGUUUCUCCGCGCUACAUGAUUCUGGGACUGGAGGUAACCCCAGUCUUGGGAAUUUCCCAAUCUUCCCUCAAAUCUGCACUGGCGAUGAUAUCAACGACUGCCUGUACCCAAUUGGCAAACGCAAGCUCCCAUAUCGAAAUGAUUCCAUCAAAGCUGAACCAGGCUACUUUGGCGUCACGUUGAAAAAUGGAAUCAAAGCCGAUAUGACCGUUUCAGAACAUGCUGCUCUGUUCCGGUUCGACUAUUCUGGCGCAACUUCCGACAAUCAGUCAACAAUCCAACCAUUGAUUCAAUUGGACCUUACCGAUCUUUGGCAAAGUCGGCAAAAUGCCUCGCUAACUGUAGAGGGAAACAGCGAAAGUGGAAGAAUCAAAGGCAACGGCACCUUCCUUCCGAGCUUCGGCGCUGGGUCGUACAAGGCCUUCUUCUGUCUGGAUGUGGCGGGCGGCAAAGUGAAAGACUCGGGAGUAUGGGUCAAUGAUCGUGCAGGCACCGAGCCCAAAGAGCUGUAUGUCACAAGAGGCUUCAAUCUGUUUUAUCUCGAAGCUGGAGGGUUCAUCCGGUUUCAAGAAACGACCACCAUCACCGCACGCAUGGGUCUCAGCUUUGUUAGCACUGAUCAGGCAUGCCGAAAUGCUGAAAAGGAAAUUCCUGGGCCGGAUUUCGACUUCGACGGCUUGGUCACAGCAGCGAAAGAUGCAUGGCGUAAGAAGUUCACUCCAAUCUCCAUCGAGACUGGUGGUGUCAAUGAUACCCUGCUGACUAGCUUCUGGAGUGCCAUCUACCGCACCAUGAUCUCGCCCCAAGAUUACACGGGCGAGAACCCUCAUUGGAAGAGCGAGGAGCCGUAUUUUGACUCCUUUUACUGUAUUUGGGAUAUGUGGCGUGUUCAACUACCUUUCUUAACGAUAUUGGAUCCCGUAUCGCAAAGCAAGUUUGUACGAAGCUUACUCGACACCUACAAACACCGCGGAUGGCUGCCAGACUGUAUGAUGAGCACGUGUAAAGGCUGGACCCAAGGAGGCUCAGAUGCCGAUAAUGUCAUUGCAGACGCAUAUGUCAAGAAUUUAACUGGCAUUGAUUGGGAGCUUGCAUAUGAAGCUAUGGUAAAUGAUGCCGAGAACGAACCUCUUGAAUGGAGUAUAGAAGGCAGAGGAAAUCUGGCCAGUUGGAAGAAGCUACACUACGUACCUUACCUCGACUUUGACCCAGUCGGCUUUGGUACAAACUCACGCAGUAUCUCGCGUACAUUGGAAUAUUCUUACAAUGACUUCGGGUUAGCAACCGUUGCUAAAGGAUUAGGGAAGGACACCUACGAGAAAUACAUUUCGCGCGCUAGCAACUGGCAGAAUCUCUUCAAAGAGGACCAGAAAUCGAUCAUCAAUGGCACUGACACAGGUUUCACGGGCUUCUUCCAGCCGAAGUACCAGAACGGUACAUGGGGAUAUCAAGACCCAAUCGCUUGCAGUCCUUUGGCCGGGUGGUGCUCACUGACUUCAAAUCCAUCUGAGACGUUUGAGUCAAGCGCGUGGGAGUAUAUGUUCUUCGUCCCUCACGAUAUUGGGAAAGUAAUUGAAUUGCUUGGAGACCCGGAGACAUUCAUCCGCCGACUGGACUGGUUCCACACAUCUGGUGUGGCAGACAUCGGGAAUGAACCAGUCUUCUUGACAGUAUACAUGCCACACUAUGCCGGUCGCCCUGGCUUGUCCGCCAAACGUGCGCACUCUUAUAUCCCCUCCCGCUUCAACGCCUCAACAAACGGACUUCCAGGGAACGACGACUCAGGUGCCAUGGCUUCCUUCACCAUAUUCGCCAACAUUGGUCUCUUUCCCAACCCUGGCCAGAACGUCUACUUCAUUAUCCCGCCCUUUUUCGAAUCCAUUAGCGUCACAAGUCCCCUCUCAAACAAUACUGCCACCAUCCGCAACAUCAACUUCGACAAAGAGUAUAAGAAUAUAUACAUCCAGAAUGCUACGCUGAAUGGGGAACCGUUUACGAAGAAUUGGAUAGGGCAUGAAUUCUUCACCGAGGGCUGGACGUUGGAAUUGACGCUCGGCGAUGAGGAGAGUGAUUGGGGUACUAGGAAGCAAGAUCUGCCUCCAAGUUUGUCCGAUAAGUUGGCUUCGGAGAGUGGAGCGAGUGAACUGAGUUGGUGA